GAGGCAUCCCAAAAGCUUCAUAUUUAUUUUUCUAAAAUCAUGUUAAUUUCUUAUUUAUUUCAGGCAUUACUAGAGACUCAAAAUUUACUGCGCACUCAGGUUGCAAAUUUUACCUUCAACCUUGGAUUUUCAGGGAAGUUUUACCACACAGGGACUGAAGAGGAGGAUGAGGGAGAUGACCUUUUGCUUCGGUCUGUGGAUGAGUUCUGGUGGUUUCCUCACAUGUGGAGCCAUAUGCAGCCCCACCUCUUCCACAAUGAGUCAUCUUUAGUUGAGCAGAUGAUUCUCAACAAGGAAUUUGCACUGGAACAUGGAAUACCUAUCAACAUGGGCUAUGCAGUGGCACCACAUCACUCAGGGGUCUACCCAGUUCAUAUUCAGCUGUAUGCAGCUUGGAAGAAGGUCUGGGGUAUUCAGGUCACCAGCACUGAAGAGUAUCCGCAUUUGAAACCUGCACGAUACCGAAAGGGCUUCAUUCACAAUAGCAUCAUGGUCCUCCCUCGACAGACCUGUGGGUUGUUCACACACACUAUUUUCUACAAAGAGUAUCCAGGAGGCCCCCAAGAACUGGAUAAAAGUAUCAGAGGAGGUGAACUUUUCCUCACAAUCCUUCUAAACCCAAUCAGCAUUUUCAUGACCCAUCUGUCAAACUAUGGGAAUGACCGCCUAGGGUUGUACACCUUUGUGAACCUGGCCAACUUCGUUCAGAGCUGGACCAACCUGAAAUUGCAAACUCUGCCUCCAGUGCAACUAGCGCACAAGUACUUUGAGCUCUUCCCUGAGCAAAAAGAUCCUCUCUGGCAGAAUCCAUGUGAUGAUAAAAGACACAAAGACAUAUGGUCCAGAGAGAAAACUUGUGACCAUUUACCAAAAUUCCUUGUAAUUGGGCCACAAAAAACAGGAACAACAGCACUUUAUUUAUUUCUUCUUAUGCACCCUUCCAUCAUCAGCAAUCUCCCCAGUCCCAAAACAUUUGAAGAAGUCCAAUUCUUUAAUGGAAACAACUACCACAAGGGAAUUGACUGGUAUAUGGACUUUUUUCCUACUCCAUCCAACAUUACAAGUGACUUUCUAUUUGAAAAGAGUGCUAAUUACUUCCAUUCAGAAGAGGCUCCCAAACGAGCUGCAUCUCUGGUCCCCAAAGCCAAGAUCAUCACCAUCCUCAUUGACCCUUCAGAUAGGGCAUACUCUUGGUACCAGCACCAAAGAUCACAUGAAGAUCCAGCUGCCCUGAGGUUUAAUUUCUAUGAAGUUAUCACAACAGGACAUUGGGCCCCAUCUGACCUGAAAACUUUGCAGAGGAGAUGUCUAAUACCUGGCUGGUAUGCGGUCCACAUAGAAAGAUGGCUCACUUACUUUGCUACUUCUCAGUUGCUAAUUAUUGAUGGACAGCAGCUGAGAUCUGACCCAGCUACUGUGAUGGAUGAAGUCCAGAAGUUUCUGGGAGUUACACCUCAUUAUAAUUACUCUGAAGCACUAACUUUCGAUCCCCAAAAGGGUUUUUGGUGUCAACUAUUGGAAGGAGGAAAGACCAAAUGCCUUGGAAAAAGCAAAGGUCGAAAGUAUCCACCCAUGGAUCCAGAGUCUAGAACCUUCCUCUCUAAUUACUACCGAGAUCAUAAUGUGGAACUGUCCAAACUGUUACACAGACUGGGGCAGCCUCUACCAUCAUGGCUGAGACAGGAGCUUCAAAAAGUGAGAUAGCACUGGAGAGGAGAACUAAGACUCACAAGACACUGACUUUUACUAUGAAACCGAAAUGCAAACUCCCCAUCUUUUAUCCAUUUAAUGCAUUUGUGAUUGUCAAUAGAGGACCGUGUGAAUAAAUCUCCUAUCUUUUUCAUAAAAAUGAAAACUAUUAUAUAUGCACGCAUUGGCGAUUACUAGCAUAAUUCCUAUGUGAGCUUUUGGGAAAUAAUGUGGGCUUUUAUGGCAUUACCCAGCUUCCAGUGUGGGGAUCAUGACACAAUCCAGUUCCUCCUUUAACCAUAACAUUUUGGAAACUAUGUUUUACUGAGAACCCUGAUUAUAUGCAAUUGACAAGUUGAAAUCUUAAGAAACACACUGUGAUAUCUGUAAAUGAGACUUUUAGUAACCCAAUAUCAGAAUUAAGGGUGUACAUUUUCCCUUGCUAAUUUGAAAACAAUUUUGCAUUUGUUGUGAAAUUAUCAGUGUAAUCUUAUAUUCUUAUUUUGAGCAGUUAUUAUUUAUUCUAUUUAUAGAAUAAAUAAAAUACGUUUUCCUCUGUUAAUCCUCUUUAGGAACGUCCUUGACUUGCCCAAGUUGUAGAGUUGUAACCUCCCACAUGCUUGAUCUGUUUUGAUCUUGUAGGAGGAUACCAUCUGCAAUUAGCUCAUAAUAGUAUUUUAUCUGGCCAACAUGCAAUUCUCGGUGAAUUUUGCAUUGUGGUUCCAACACCAUCUAUCAGAGAUUUGGGGGAUAAAUGACUGUGAAGGUGCAUACUUUACAUAAUAUUAACUACUAUGUGUAAGGCCAUCUUUCCAUGGGUAAAAAUCUUCAGUUCAGUUCAGUUCAGUUCAGUCACUCAGUCGUGUCCGACUCUUUGCGACCCCAUGAAUCGCAGCAUGCCAUUACCAUACUAUUAAUCUAGGUAUUUCCACUUUGAUAAUGAUGUAGCAUUUAUAUAUUUUUUUCUCUAUCCCAGAAGGAAAAAAAAAACUUUAUUGAUAAGGCUGGAAUGAAAAUACUAAUAUGUGUUUACAGGUAGAGUGAUGUACCCGUGCCUUUUAUGUAGUAUAUGUCAAUCAUUUAAACCAUGGACUUUUAUACAUGCCAGUGCAUAUACUAAUGCAGAAGAUUAUGUUUUUAAUGCCUAUUUAACAGAAGAAGUGUAAUCUAAAAUUUACCUCUUUAAACACCACAAAUUCUCUAAAUUAAAACCUAUUUCUCAGCCACGUCAUCCAAAAAUUAAUUUCUGGAGAAGAAAUGAUACUCUUCCUGUCUUAGAGUUUUAGGCUACUCUCCAAUUUGGAAAUUGUCAUGCUAGUUGAAUUUUUGUCUCAUUUGUCAAUGAAGAUACGUUAAAGCUUUGUUAAUCUUUUCAGUGAUACAUGAGGGUAAAAUUUGAACAGAACAGAAAAUCAAAGUAAAUUUGGAACGUUACCUAUGAAUUCAUCCUUCACCAGAGUAAUUUUUCUACAGGCUGUAAAUAACAUUAUGCUUGACAUAAUUCUUCAAAGGAAAUGGAAGAUCUUUGUUUUUGUUUAUUUGUUGUUUGUGGUUUUAAGCAAACAAUUCAAGUAUAAUCUAAAAGAGAACCAAUAAUUCUCAUAGUUUAUUUCAGGAUUCAACUUUGGAUUUAUACUUUAUUAAGAUUUUUGUUUGCUUUUCUUUUGUUUUCCUACUGCAUCUAAAGGCUUUCUCUAUUUUUCAGAAAAUGUUAAGAAUUUUUCUGGGCAUGUGUUGAUACAAACCACAAACUGAUGCUUUUGUUGAUUCUUUGUUAGGCGUGAGGCUUAAUUUCUCAAUCUUACUGUUACUUAGGUGAGCAUGUGCUUGAUAGCAUUCCAUAAAAUCAUAACAAUUGUGUAUUUAGAGCUCUAGCUUUUUUGUUAAUUUCCUCCAGUUUGCAUUCUAAUUUUAUCUUUUGUGAACUAGAGAUUAACUUUUUUUCCCCAUAGAUAUUUAUAGAAAUCAGAUGAGAUACUUUUCAUAUCGGGUAAAAUUCAUGUAAUUAAGAGUCGAACUUAUCUCUAGAUAUUUUUUAAAUGUAACUAACUUUCAGCAUUUUCUUAUUUUUUCCAAGUAAUAUAUACAGUAUCAUUCACCUAUGUGCAGAGAGCUGGGAGCAAAAUUCCCCCAAAUUCCAAGUUCAACUAGUCUCUUCUCCCCUGGUUCAUUUCAAUCAGUGUGUAUAUUUUUCUUACUAAGACUGAUAAUACAGACAAAACAAAAUUUAAUUAUGUAAUUCAUCUCUUACAGUGAACUACUUAGAGGAACUCUGGGCUGUGAGAUUAUAAUAAAUCUGAAAACUUUUAGUUUUAAGAAUAUCUUGGUUUUCCCAAAUUUCGCCCACUGGCUAUUGAACUAUUGACUCAAGAUUUAACAUACAUAAUUAUUUAACCUCUAAAUAAAUUAUCUUCAUUUUGAA